AUGCACGAUCAACAUAAUCAGAGAAGAGUAACAAUGGAUGCAUUUGUGAUGGAAACUGAAGAGCAAGGAGCAACGUCUAUGUCAUCAAUGCCAACAUACCAAGAUCCCGAUGAUUCAACAUACGCACCGCCACCGGUUCAAGAAGAUAUGGAUAGAAGCACAAGUUCACAAUACACAGAGAGAUACGAUUGUUUUAACUUUACCUUGGUAUGUGACAGAUUUGGUGUGCCUGACAGAGUAGCAUCAGCAUUGGGAACCGCUCUUUUGCAAGAUUUUAAAAUUAAACAUAAGCAUGGGGAACCUCUCAUCAUGGAUAAAACGAAAGUUCGCAGAGAAAAAGAGAAAUGCAGACAAGAAGUGCUUCGCAAACGGUUAGAUGAUACCAAUUUGUUAGCGUUUUCAUUCGAUGGCAGAAAAGAUGAUACUUUAACAAUAGAUAAAAUUGAUGAGAAGUAUCAUACUAGGAUGGUAAAAGAACCUCAUCUUGUUAUUUUGAGAGAACCCAAUUCUGAAUUGAUUUGUUACGUAAGACUGGAACAUGAAACCGCUGAAUACAAAACCACCAAAUUAAAUGGUUUUUUCAACGAUAAAAAUAUAUCACUGGAUGCAUUAAUUGGAAUAUGCACUGACGGUGAGCCAACAAACACUGGCCCACACGGUGGAAUUAUACGACGAUUCGAAUUGCUGUUAAAAAGACCAUUGCAUUGGUUUGUUUGCCUUCUACACUUCAACGAACUUCCGUUUCGGCAUUUGUUUGAAGCUUUGGAUAAAUCAACCAGCACUGGACCAAGAUCGGCAACCAGAAAACUGAGCCGUCAAAUCGAAACUUGUGAAACUCUUCCUGUGGUGGACGGUUUCCAGAAAAUUGAGUUGCAAAAUAUGCCCCCUGCUCCAGAAAAAAUUGAAUUUUCCACCGGAUCGAAAUACUUAUACCAGAGAAUGUUAAUGGAAUGA